CAAGAAGGCAAUGGAAUGGAAGUAGAAAGAGCUAGCGAAGGAGCUAGGGAAGGUGGCAUUAACGAUAGGAUGCAACGAAAGGCCAACGAACGUGCGACGGCGAGGGAGCGAAAGAAUGCCGCCGGUGAGCGCAUCACAAGCAGCCCAUCCCCAUUCCAGAGUGUGUUUUUGCUGCCCCUGCUUCCCGUGCUCCUCGUCGUCGUUGUCGUUGCACUCGUGACGCUCCUCUCCAUCGCUGCUACUGCCACUCUCCAAUCAAUCAUGGGCGAUGCGGUGGAAGAGAAGUCUCAGGAGAUUCCAGAGGAGGUAGCAGAGGAGAAGGUGGAAGAAACUGCCGAGGAGGAAGCAGCGGAAGAAGAAGAGGAAGAGGCCCCAGUGGAGGAAGAGGAAGAGGAAGAAGUGGUGGACCCAAAGGCGGAAAUAGAGGAGUCGUGCAAACCGAAGUGUGUGAAGCAGCUUUUGGCGUUGCAGGCGUGUGAGAAGCGCGUGGAGGAGGAUGAAGAGGGUCAGAAGCAUUGCACAGGGCAAUAUUUCGAUUACUGGGGUUGCAUCGACAAAUGCACGGCACCGAAGCUGUUCCGAAAGCUGAAGUAGGGGGUUGAUGUAGCUGCGGGAGUGGAGACAGGAGGCUUCUGGCUAACGUCGAGGGGUCAGAAAGUAGAGGCAAUGUCCAAAUUUGGGAGCAUUUAGUAGAAAUGCCGAAUAAAGUAGUGUAGUUUUUUGAAUGGCAUUGCAUCAGUUUUGUUGA